AUGGCGAAAGUUCUCGAAAAUAUAGACGACGAAUUGUUUAUUAAUGAAAUUAAAGAAAACGAAUAUAUCUGGAACUACAGCAGUGAAUUGAACAGUGACAAAAUAAAGAAAGAUGGUGCAUGGAGAGCCUUAUGCGAGAAAUUUGAUCCUGAUUUCAACGAAAAAAGUGUAAAGGAAAAAAAUGAUAUUGCAAAAGCUCUUCAAAAGAAGUGGAAAGUGUUAAGAGAUGGCUUUAGACGUUAUGUCAAUAAAAUAAAAAAAAUUAAGAGUGGCUCGGGAGCUAUUAAACUACGACAGUAUGUUUACUAUCAUCAGUUGUCAUUCUUGUUGCCAUUGACGGAGGAGAAAGCUGGUACUGCAGAUAGUUUGGAAAAUGAAUCGACUGAAGAUGCAGUUACUGAAGAGAAAAUACCACAGCGUGGUCGUAAGAGGACUAGUACGUCCAAAGAAGACAAUUUAAUUACACAACUGGCGAUAAAUUUGAAUAAAAAAUACAACGAAACUACAUUUGAUGAUAAAACCGAUGAUGACAAAUUAUUUCUUAUGGCUCUACACGGUGACUUUUAA